ACAUAUAUCUGCAGAUCACAAGGACGUAUAGGAGCUACUAGUUUAUUGUAGAAAGCAUGGCCAAGCAUCAUCCUGAUUUGAUUAUGUGUAGGAAGCAGCCAGGUAUUGCUAUUGGAAGGCUUUGUGAGAAGUGUGAUGGGAAGUGUGUGAUUUGUGACUCAUAUGUGCGUCCUUGCACACUUGUGAGAGUUUGUGAUGAAUGCAACUAUGGGUCCUUUCAAGGUCGAUGUGUUAUCUGUGGAGGAGUGGGAAUCUCUGAUGCCUACUACUGCAAAGAGUGUACACAGCAAGAAAAAGACAGAGAUGGCUGUCCUAAAAUUGUCAAUUUGGGGAGUGCCAAAACAGACUUGUUUUAUGAGCGUAAGAAAUAUGGUUUUAAGAAAAGAUGAUUAUCAUAUGUAAUGGUUCCUGCUGCAAGUGCUGUUUAUCUGCCCUAGUAUGCAAUAUUUGGUGAUAACAUAAUUUGAAUAUCCCAACUUCGAACUAUGUUUUAGGUGUCAAGGAUGUGAUUUUGUAUUGCAGAAAACUGUUUUCAAUCCAGAGUUUGCUAGUAUAGAAGUGACUAAUCUUAGAACUUUAUUGAUUAUGGAAUUAACAAGUUUUAUUCUAAUGGGUAUGGUCGGUAUUUGAACCA